AUGGGGGUCUCUACAGCUUUAGAGGUCCUGGUUCACCUUACUGUCUUGCUUUGGACUCGUGCUUGGGACAUUGAUGUGAAUGUAAAUUGUUCUCAGGACUGGAUGAUGGUCAUCGUUAGUGCUACUUCUCACAACAGAUAUAAUCUAUAUGUUUUUCCUGAUGAAUUAGUCCUGGGACAGGGCUGUUCUGCAACUAAAAUACACACACAUCAAUAUGAUUUUAUAUACCCUAUUUCUCAGUGUGGCAUCAGGACAAAGAUUAUCUCAGAAGAAACAGUCUGUUUUGAAACUGAGAUGUACUUUCGUCCAAGGAAUCCUUGUUUGAGACACCAGAUAGUCCCUUUGAAGUGUUCUGCAUCUCGGAAGUCAGUGUGGCUUAUGCCAGUGUCUACUGAGGAGGACCUAAAACCACAUGAGAGUAUCUUUAUGACUGAUUUUGAAGCUACACCAGAAGAGUUGGGGUUAUUAAAUGUUCACCACGCUGCUUCGUCCUUGAAUAGGAGAUCUGGUAUUUAUGACUACUAG